AUGUCAGAAAAAGACAGAGAGAACAGUUUAAGACUGGAAGAGGAACUCACCCGCAUCAAGUUGUCGUCAGAUUCUGAGCUUCGCAAUAAACAACGACUAGAGGAUGAGAAUGACAGAUUGAAGAAGGAUGUAACUUACUGGAAGAACCAGUGUGAUAGACACGCCAUUGAAAGAAACCUUAUUGAUGACAGCAUAUUUCAUGCUUUGAAUCAGAAACCUGAACUGUACCUUGAUCCAGAAAGUGCAGAUGGUACAACUUAUACUUCGCUGAAGAGGCGAUGUAAGGUUGAGCCACACACAGGUCUUCUGCUACUUCCGGUUGAGAAAGUAGAUUCCUCCAAACUUAUCUUUGAUGGUGUUCGCAAACCUGUUACAGCCACACAGCUGCUCGAUUGUGGUGUGCUUGACAAGCCAACAUUCACUGAUUUGGAAAGAGGAAACAAAUCUGUUCCAGAGGUUUCUGAGGAUAAGAAGAUCCCUUUGAAGGGCACUGGGCCUAUUGCUGGAGUUGUAGCUGGGAGUCAAGGCAAAAUGUCUUUGUCAGAUGCCAAGAAACUAAUGUUACUGCCUGAGGAGAUUGCCGAUUUGCUACUGGCAGCCCAGGCUGCCACAGGUCACAUCAUUGACAUAAAAAACAAUCAAAAGCUGAUUGUAGAGGAAGCAUGUGCCAAAGGAGUGGUUGAUGUUAAAGAUCGAGACAAACUCUUGGCUGCAGAGGCUGCUGCAGUUGGCUAUAAACACCCUAGUGCAGCCAAGCCACUGUCUGUUUUUGACGCCAUGAAGAAGGGAAUGGUUGACAAAAAAACCGCUCUGCGUUUACUGCAGGCCCAGGAGUCAGCUGGAGGCGUUCUAGAUCCCAACAUCAGUGUGUUCCUUCCUAAAGACACAGCUGUAAAGUAUAAACUUAUUGAUGACAACAUUCGUCAAGCUCUAAACCAGAACCCUGAGUGCUACCUUGACCCAGAAACAGAGCGUAGCGUCAGCUACGAGACUUUGAAGAAAAGAUGCAAAAUAGAACCCCAUACAGGUCUGCUUCUUUUGCCCAUCACAGAGAAACUGGAUCCUUCUAAGCUGAUCUUUGAUGGUGUACGUAAGCCAGUAACAGCAAAACAACUGCUUGAUUGUGGAGUCCUGGACAAACCAACAUUUACAAAACUAAUCAAAGGAGAGAAAACUGUCCCACAAGUGUCUGAAGAAAAGAAGACCCAGUUAAAGGGGACAGGAUCCAUUGCUGGUGUGAUAGCUGGACCAAUGGGAAAAGUGUCUUUUUCUGAGGCCAAGAAACAAAAGAUUAUACCUCCAGCAAGUGCAGAUUUUCUUUUGGAAGGCCAAGUUGCCAUAGGUUACAUUAUUGAUCCUACAACCAAUGAGAAGCUUACGGUAGAAGAAGCAUGUGCAAGAGGAGUGGUGGACAACAGGGAUCGUGAUAAACUUUUGAAAGCAGAAUCUGCUGCUGUGGGCUUCCGGGAUCCAAACACAGGUAACCCUCUCUCUGUGGCUGAGGCAAUGAAGAAAGGAAUAGUUGAUAAGAAGACAGCACUACGCCUGUUGCAGGCCCAGGAGUCAGCAGGUGGCAUUCUUGAUCCCAUGUCAGUGUGUUCCUUCCGAAAGAGACAGCUCUGAAGCGUAACCUUUUGGAUGAAAGACCUCUAUCGGGCAUUGAACCAGAGUCCUCAGUGUUACCUUGAUCCAGACACUGGACAUGACAUCAGUUAUGAGCUUUGAAGAAAAAGAUGCAAAACCGAGUCUCACACUGGCCUGAUCUUUUGCCAAUUGUUGAAAGGAAAGACCCCUCCAAACUGAUGUUUGAUGGUGUUCGCAAACCAGUCUCUGCACAGCAGUUGUUUUGACUGUGGUGUGCUUGACAAGCCAACAUUCACUGAUCUGGAAAGAGGAAACAAUCUGUUCCAGAGGUUUCUGAGAUGAGAACAUCCCUUGAAGGGCACUGGCCU